ACUUCGCGCCGCGCCAACCAAACUACACACACUCAUAUUCGUGUGGGAAAAUCGGAAGAAAUAGGGAAAAUCGCACAGCAAAUCGCAGUGUAUAGCGCGAGUUUCGCGCUCGUGAGGCAGGCGAAAAGUGAAAGUCCCAAGUCCCAAGCCCUUCGAUUGCACCCAUACAAACUCGAUUUGAUUCCAUUCGAGUUGCCAGCACACGAUUGCUGCUGAUUCAAAAUCAAUAAAGCGGCCAUCCCAUAAUGGACUUCACCCGCUUCAUGAACAAGUUCAACGAGAUCGAGCGCCAAUUGUCCCCCACCUCCGCGCUGCGCCUCAGCUUCGACAACAUUUCGCCGGAGACGGAGGAGCCGCCGGACGGCAACAAGAGGCUGUGGGGCGUGCCCGUGCCGCCCUUCGUCUCCGAGAAGGUGGUCUCCUGGAUCGAGGAGGAGUUCAACGAGGCUCCGCUCUUCUACAACGGCAACAGUGUGCUCAAGAAGGUGGAAAAUGUGCGGAUGAUAGAUCGCUACAAUACCAAAAAUCCCACGGUCGGCACCCUCUAUCUGACGGCCACCCAUCUGAUAUUCGUGGAGCCCGACAGCAACAAGGAGACCUGGAUCCUGCACAUGCACGUGGCCAGCAUUGAGAAGCUGCCCCUAAGCACGACAGGAUCUCCGCUGCUCAUCCGCUGCAAGACCUUCCUAUCCGUAACUUUCGUCAUUCCCAAGGACUCCGAGUGCCACGAUGUCUACACCUCGCUGCUGAAACUGUUCCAGCCGGUGUCCAUCAACAAAUUGUAUUGCUUCAACUACCAGCCGAACAAGGAUGAUUUCCCCAAGAACGCCGGCUGGGACUACUUCAAGCUGGAGGCCGAGUUCAAGCACAUGCUGGUGCCCAACGAGGCCUGGACCCUGUGCUCCAUGAACGAGAAGUACGAGCUGUGCGACACCUAUCCGCGCCAGAUUUACGUGCCCAAGGAGGCCACCACGUUGAUGCUCAUCAGCAGCUCGCGGUUCCGCUCCAAAGGCCGCCUCCCAGCGCUCACCUAUUUGCACAACAACAAAGCCUCCAUCUGCCGCUGCAGUCAGCCCCUGUCCGGAUUCAGUGCCCGGUGCCUGGAGGAUGAGCAAAUGCUGGAGGCCAUACGCAAGACGAAUUCCAACACGGACUACAUGUAUGUGGUGGACACACGACCGCGGAUUAAUGCCAUGGCCAACAGAGCCGCCGGCAAGGGAUACGAGAACGAGGCGUUCUACGAGAACAUCAAAUUCCACUUCCUCGGCAUCGAGAACAUCCACGUGCAGCGCGCCAGUCUGCAAAAGGUACUGGAGGCCUGCGAACAGAAGUCGCCCACGAUGAGCGCCUUCAUAAAUGCCCUGGAGUCAUCCGGCUGGCUGAAGCACAUUCGCUCCAUAUUGGACACGUCGAGCUUCAUCGCCAACGCCGUGGACAAAGGCGUCUCGGUGGUGGUCCACUGCUCCGACGGCUGGGAUCGCACUGCCCAGGUCUGUUCGCUGGCGCAACUGAUGCUGAACCCCUACUACCGGACCAUCAAGGGCUUCCAGGCGCUGAUCGAGAAGGACUGGCUGGCCUUCGGGCACAAGUUCAGCGAGCGCUGCGGUCAUAUCCAGACAGAUGCCCGCGAGGUAUCGCCGAUCUUCACUCAGUUCCUGGACUGCACCUGGCAGCUAAUGUCACAGCGCAGCGAGGCCUUCGAGUUCAACGAGCGAUUCUUGCUGAUCCUGCACGACCACGUGCACUCAUGUCAAUUCGGCACCUUCGUGGGCAACUGCGAGAAGGACCGCUUGGACCUGAAGCUGGCCGAGCGCACCUUCUCACUGUGGGGCUUUAUGGCCAACCACCUGAACGAGUAUAUCAACCCGCUGUACAAACCAAAUGUGGACGAGGCCAUUAAGGCCAACCUGGCACCGCAGUGCAUCAAAUUCUGGCGCGGCAUGUACAGUCGCUUCGAGAGCGGCAUUCAUCCGCGGGAGCCACUGGGCGACCUGCUGCUCGAUAGCAAGGAGCACUGCAACUCACUGGAGGACCACGUGCAGCAUCUGACCAAGCGCAUAGCCAGCUUCAAGAACUACAUCUCCAAGUCGGCCAAGAAACUGCAAGACGCCACCAGCGCUCCUAGCAAAGUUAGCAAGGAGCUCUCCAGCAACGAGAUCAAUGAUAACAAAUACAACUACGAUAAGAAGCUAAGCGAACUGUCCGCAGCCGAUGAUGACCACCCGCUCAAGGCCAGCAACAUGUCCUUUGCCAGCCUGUCGCUGAGCGCGGAACAAUCCAGUCCGCCGCAGGCGUUGCCCGAGGAAAUCAACUCCGUGGCCGUAGACUGGAAGCCCAUGCGCAAUGUGACAACCUGCUCCUGCUCCACGCCCUUCGAUCAGUUCAGCAAAAAGACACACUGCUGGCGCUGCGGGGACAUCUUCUGCGAGCGCUGCAUCGACAAGAACGUGGCUCUGCCUGGACACGACAGUGGAAAGCCGGUUCCAGUGUGCCGGGGCUGCUUCCGGCAAAUGCAAAAGCAGAGCCCGUAGAUAGAAUAAGGGCAGGAUCAAGGAACGGAUGUGGUUGGGUGAUGAGCGGAGCUAGGAUGUGCGAUCGAUAUGGAAAGAAACGCUAUUAAUUAUAUUGUGUGUAUUUAUUGUUGCAUUUGUAGCUUUAGCUGCUUGUAGAAGCGCAUUCAAGUUGUUGCAAAUGGAAAUCAAAAGAUUAAAACCAAAUCAAUCCACCAGCGAUUGGCUUCCAAGCAUCGUCCUAGUCUUUAAGCCGGGCACAAAACUGUAUUUUGUUGUUAGAAUCUAGAGCUACUUAUUUGCCAGUCGCAGCCCCCACAAGAAAAGUACAAUUAGUUGUCAGAGCACCUUUGCUCCUGAUCAAAAUAAAUAUAAUUUCGGAAGAACUCGGCGGUCUCCGGAUGUACAGACAUUUGGGCGUAGCCCUCCUUCGCAGCAGCGGUCCCUGGCAUCCAGUAUAUUCCACCAACAGUAACGCGCAGACACCCGUAAAUUAUGGAAACUAUGCAUUCUUGUUUGUCGAUUUGAUCAAAGUGUAAUAAAAAUUAUUUAUUCAACAA